CUACGAAACCCACCGUAGCGAGAAGUGUUAACCACGGCCCUGAGAUUGUGGAUAAAUGCCACAGAAAUUAAAAUCAAAAAGCAAAUAAGUUAUCAUCAAUAAUAUCUAAAUAGACUUUUUAACAUAUUUCUCUUGGAGUAAUAAUAAGAACAGAAUGAUGCUCAAACUGACACGUGAAAGGGAAAGUUUAAUAUUCUGACAGCUGUUGAAUGCACCAUUACCCGGGGAAAUCAAACGGCGUCUCAGACGUUAUUCAACACGUUUGUAGGUGGAAAUAAAUUGCCGGCUUUUGUAGUUGAAAGUUUAUACAAACAACUUAUAUUUACUUAAAUGGUCCUGCUACAUGAUGAACUAAACAACUCUAUGAAUGACGCUGGGCAGGCAGCAGCUAGUAAUUUACCUCAAUGUGAGAUGAUGGGAAGCUACAGUGACUGCAGCAGUGACCAAGAUGAAGAGCUGCCUGUGUUCGACUUUCUCCAGCCUGGUCGACACUUAAGCCAAGCCUCUCAGGGAAGCACAGAGAAACCAGAUGUGGUGGAUUUGGAUGACUCUGAUGCUGAAUCUGCAGCUGGCUCCUCCCGUGAAAAAUGUAAUGAAAGUGGACGCACUGGGACAGCUGAUGUAAUGAUGAUCAGCAGUGAUUCUGACGACGAUGCACCUUAUGUCCCUCUGGCUCUGAGACUCAAACACAGGCAUGGCAAUGCGAUUAGUGCCGCCUCCAUUGAUCAGAAUUUGGCCAGUUCUCAGCCUCUGGCCCAGAACAGCUUUUCCAAGCCAGAGUGCCCUUUCAGCUUGAACCAGGUGAGAACAGCGAGCCCAGAGAAGCUAGAUGAGCCUCUUCAGCUGCAUGCAGAGAGCUCAGACACUUCUUGUGCCAAGGGGAAGCCGACAAAGCGGACAGCGGAGGAGAUUCAGGCCUCCAGGGAGGAGGCUUUGAGGAGGAAACAGGCUAGAGAGAGACAGCAGCGCGACAAAGAGGCACUUAGGCAGGAGCAAGAGAAGCGGAAAGCAGAGAAGAGAACCCUGGCAGAGGCCGCCAAAGCCCUGAGGCCAGAGGAGUGUAUCAAGCAUAUGGUGGUCACUGUUGAUCCAGCUCUUCUGCAGCUAGAAGGAGGUGGGACUCUGCUGGCUGCAGUGCAGGCUCUGGGGUGCAGUUGUGCCAUAGAGAAACAACCCAUCCCACGCAGUGUUAGCUGGAUGAGGAGAGCUCCCGGUGCACAGCUGGAAGAAGUGUGUGUACCAGAGGCCCAUGUCGUGUUGCAGAUGACCGUGGAUGACUUCAUCACUCUGAUCCACAACUACAUACAGAAUGAGCGGCGUGGCAGGUCAGAAUGUGGUCCGACUCUGACAUCUUGGGUCCAGGAUCAGCAGAGACGCAAUCCUACCAAGACCCUCAGCCUGGCGGUCGUGGAGCUGGAAAAAUACUUCAGAUUGCAGAAGUCACACAACCAGAAGAGGUUUAAAGAGGCUGUCACAGGUGAAGAUGCACAAGGAGGAAGAGUGAAGAAGAAGAGGAGGAAUGAUGGAGGGGAGGUUCUGCCUGAAGUGUCCCGAGUUGAAGUAGAGGAGGCUGUGGUUCAUCUGCAGCUUCACACUGGCGUCUCUGUCCACUUUUUAUCCACCUGGAAGGACUUCUCAGACCACGUCACCAUGGCAACCAAAGCAGUUGCAGAGGCCCCUUUCAAGCGCGAGAGGGAGAAGACGGGCUUCUCCUUCUACCUGGAGACGGAGUGGGCGGGAGGCCAGCGGGUGGAUAAAGCCGGUAAAGGCCUGCUGCAGGUGUGGAAGAGACAGAUUCAACAGUUCAACAGAGUCAGUCCAGACAUGGCUGCUGCCAUCUUGGCAGCUUAUCCCUCCCCACAGCUGCUCAAGAAGGCUUACAGCCAGUGCAGGUCAGACAGCGAAAAGGUGUCUCUGCUGUCCGACCUCCUGAUCCGUCGAGGCGAGGGCGUCACUGCCACAACCAGAAGGGUCGGUCCGGAGCUUUCCAAACGCCUCUACCUCAUGAUGCAUUCCCGUGAUCCGGAGCUCACGCUGGACUCCAGCCUCUGAACUUGGUUCUUUAUCUUUCUGUCAGUGCUCACAGCUUUCAUUUAAGAUCAUGUAAUUAGCUGGUAGUUAAUUCAUUCAGUCAAAAUUCUUUUUUUUAUUUUGACAUGUUAAAGUUUGAUGAAACUUAUCAUUUUGGAGGACUACUUUAUUAUUAAUUUUACUUGACAGAACAUUCUGCCCUCAUCGUGCUGCUCUCAAGUUAUUAAAUGGAAACUUUUACACUUUUGAACCAGGUUUUAUUCGAACAUUUGAUUUUGGAGUCAGGCUGACUUAAAUUCUCAAAUUUAUAUACAGGGGCUUGCAGAUAUGUCUGCCCCAAACCAUCGAGAAUUCCCACAGUGAAGCAUGGUAGUGGCAGCAUCAUGCUGUGGGGAUUGGCAGGGACUUGGAAACUGGUCAUAGUCGAGGGAAUGAUGGUGAUCAAUCCAGGGAAAUACUUGUGGAAAACCUGUUUGAGUCUUCCAGAGACUUUAGACUGGGAUGGUGGUUCACCUUCCAGCAGGACCGUGGCCCUCAUCAUCCUGCUGGAGAAACAUGGAGUGGUUUAACGGGAAAUGUUUGAGUGUUUUCAAAGCUCAGACCUCAAGAUUUCUGUUCACCAGCAGGACCUAUCCAACAAGAAAAAAAUCAGGAAAAGGAAAAAAAAAAAAAAAAACUACAAUUUAA